AUGCCAGUUUCCCUUUCUGUACGACCAAUGGUUACUUCGACAUUGUUGUGUCUCGUGCUGCUGCAUGUUGUUGGUGUUCUUGGGUUUCCGGUGACUCUAAAGCUGGAAAGAUCGUUUCCCACUAACCAUGACGUUGAGUUGAAACAACAUACGGAAAGAGAUGGUUUAAGACAUCGUAGAAUACUACACAAGUAUUCUGAUCCAAAUGUGGUUGUUGGAUUUCGAGUAUUAGGAACGUACGAUCCUUUUGAUGCUGGCUUGUACUACACAAAAAUCAAGCUAGGAUUCACCCCAAAAGAAUACUAUGUAGUAAUUGAUACAGGAAGCGACUUGUUGUGGGUAGGUUGCAAACCCUGCCAAUCUUGCCCUACAUCAUCCACACUACAAAUUCCUAUUACUAUUUAUGAUCCUGCAAGCUCCUCCACAUCUUCUCCAAUCUUAUGUUCGGAAGAAAGAUGUUCUCCAACAUCCAACUCAUGUUCAGAUAACCAAUGCACCUACGAUCUCCACUAUGAAGAUGGUAGUGGAACAUCAGGACUGCUGAGUCAAACUGACAAAACAGUUGAUGGGAUUAUGGGAUUGGGCAGACAAAGUAUGUUUGUGAUUUUCCAGCUUUCGUCUCAAGGGAUUGCACCCAAUUCCUUUUCACAUUGUUUGGCUGGUGGUGAUGGAGGUGGGAUUUUGGCUUUUAGUACACCCAUCAUGCCAGAUGUAGUCUUCACUCCACUUGUCAAAUCAGCGUGGCAUUACAAUGUAAAUUUGGAAAGCAUAUCGGUCAAUGUUCAAACAUUGACAAUUGAUCCUUCCGUAUUUGCAUUAAGUGAUCACCAAGCAUUAAGUGAUCACCAAGCGGGAACAAUAAUUGAUUCCGGAACAACUUUGGUAUACAUUACUGAAGAGGCUUACACCCCCGUUGUGGAUGUUAUCAAACAGGCAGAUUCAAACUUCAUCCAGGCACUUAUGUCAAGUGAAAAUCUUUGUUAUUCAUUCAAUUUAUGUUAUUUUUAUACCGUCAUAUUUCCCAUAGUACGGUUCAAUUUUGCUGGUGGUGCUUCAAUGCACUUUAAACCCCAAGACUAUCUUAUACGCCAAUUCUCCACGAAUGGAUCUCAGAUAUGGUGUACGGGUAUUCAGACGAGCCCGGAGCGAGGAUUGACUAUUUUAGUAGAACUAGCACUUAAAGACAAGACUGUCGUAUAUGAUUCGGAUGGUCAACAAAUCGGGUGGGCAGAGUCUAACUGUAAGUUUAUAAAGAAGAAAAUCAAUAAGUUAUAG